AAGACCCAGUAAUAAAAGGUUAUUUGGUAGCAAUUCUAGAGCCUAGAUUUAAAAAUCUAAAAUUUGCUUUAGAAAAAUUCAAAGAAAAAAAAUUUCUUAAACAAAAAAUAAAAAUAUUGUUAGAUAAGGACAAAUAUUUAAAUAACCAGCCAAUUGCAAAACAAACUUCAAAUUUAGCUUCAUUAUUUAAUAGUAUUACUAAUAUAGUAUAUCAACCCUAUUUAAUAGAUAGAGUAGAAAUAUUAGAAAGCAAUAGAUA